AUGGAACUUCGCGACCGAGGUAACGCAUCUGCCAAAACAAGAUAUUCAGCCAACGGACCAGGACUCUGGACGCGACAGACUGCCGACAACGCGCCAACUCCUGAACCGCGCAAUCGUUCUGAAGCAAGUUCAACUUCGCCGUCACCAGAAAGAAAACCAAAACGAAAAAGAGAAGGAAGAAAUAUGCGUCCCAGGAGACAUAGGGCGCCUUCGUUCAGAACGGAUAUGACGGAUGAUAUAGAAAUGAGUGAGACGCCAGAAACAGGUCCAGGACAAAACUACACACAGAACGGACAAGCGUCAGAAAGUAGCAACGAAGAAAGAGUCAAUGGACGAGAGUUAAGCCAUGGAGAUACCUCUGCAGACGAUGCAAACGACAAGUACUACUCAUUUUGCAACCAUAGAAACGAACCGACUUUUCUCGAUCGCAUCAAGGUUCUACCUGAAAUGCGCGAUCUACCAUGGCGCGAAGACCAGGAAUUACCACCGGAAAGAUCGACCGAGAGUCAACGUGUUCAGCAGAGAGGUGCAUGUAUGGUAGCCACCAGAGGAAGAAUAAUGGCAAACCCAUGUUCGCAUUGUAAACAGGGCUAUGGACGAUUCUCUCACUGUAUUGUGCUGGAAGAAUGGUUUCAAGGAGCUUGCGCGACUUGUAUUUUCACGAGUAAAGGGAAUAAAUGCAGUUUGAGAAUAAAAAAUCUGGGGGAUCAAGAUGCCAGAGCUUUAAGAUAUACGGAAAAAGUUGACCCCCCCACCAAGCGAAAGCGAUCCGAAUUCGAAAACCCAUCAUUUGAAGAGGAGAAUAGCAUAUUCAGUAAAUUCAAUUCACCAGGUCAUUAUGUCAGUCCAUACCCACCUCUUCCGUCUAUACCACGACCACCAUUAAGAACCCCCGGAUUGAAGGAAGCUCAAGAAGCAGAAUUGGAUUCCAUGUUACAAGCUCAAAUUGCCCGCGAAGAACUCGAUCAAGGAAAUAUGGAUGAAGGGGAACCAGGCACAAAUGGGCAACAGUCACGAGCAGCUCCCAUUGUAUUGCAUCGACCACGAUUCUACGAAACUCCUGCGAUUAAACAAGUCAUACAACAGGGAGGUCCACCUCUUCAAAAUAAUCAAUUUGCCCAGCCGUUGCCGAUGCACAAUUUUCCCAACAAUCAAAUUGUUCAAUAUCCUAUCCCAGCCGACGGUUCUAUGAUGAAAGAACGAUCUCUCAUCGACGAUACCCCGAAGAGUACGCAAAAACAACUAUUUACUGUCCUGAGCGGAGUGGCAGGAGGACUCCAACAACUACAAAAAGAAUUGAAUUCGUUGAAGUCGGUUCUGGGCUGGGAUAAUGAAGAUGAUGAACAAGAAGUCGUUCGUCAACAAAACUCAUUGUCGCACAAAGAUCCUCGACAUGGUCCUUGAGCUACUAUACUUGACAUGAGAAGAGCUAGCUGGAGAUUAUUGAAUAGUUGGCUGUUUAUAAGACCCAUAUAUGUAAGGAUGUUACACGAGGAAAUCAACCCCAUUGUUUGUCAGACUUAACUGAGCGGAUUUGCAUCUUCCGAAGAGAGGUUAACGUGUCGCCGAAUUUACGGAACUCGAAAUUCAAUGGCUGGGCAUGAUAAUUAUGAAUUGGCUUUUGGUCUUGAGGGUAUUGGAGGGAAAGAAGGAAAGAAAAAAGUUGAUGAAUAAAUUGCUCGAGAAUAGGGGAUUAAUUUUACUCGUUCUAUAUCGAUAUUACUCGAAAAUGGAAGUGGAUGAAAGGAAAGGGAAUGAAUGAAUGAGAGGUCUGGAAUUCAAGACACGAGAAGUGAUGAACUUGGAGAAAGCGGAAGGGUUGUGGGAACACAAUUGAUGAUUGAUUGAUUGAUUGAUGGACACAGCAGUUUCGGAAUGAAGAAGAGAAGAGGAUGAUAUCAGGUGUGUGUAUGUACUACGUGUAUACUAAAUGAAGUAUUGAUAGGCGAGCGAGUGAGUGAGCGAGGGAGGGAUUACGGAUUGCGGAUUGUGAAGUACCUAUGCAAAUCUGGACAUCUGGAAUGGAUGAAGUGAUGAAUGAACGCAUAGACGCAUAGAUGCGAUGAUAUUCAUGAAGUGGUUAGGGAGAGCAUGAGGAUACUAGGUACCUAGUACGCAUAUGAAUGGAUUAAGUUAAGUAUUCUUAGGUGUGUGGAGGAUAGGUAGCCAGCACCAGCUAUACGAUAAGAUAAGCAUGUGUAUAUGUAUAUGUAUGUCUGUGUGAGCGAGCUAGAGAGGCAGGCAGAGAGAGAGAAAAAUCAGAAAGUAAAAUGCGGAAAUGCUAAAGUUGAAGUUGAAGUUUAUAUUUGCUAAUAAGUAAGAAGUCAUAAUCUUGGAAGUAAUUG